AUGUCGAAACCAAUGGGACUCCUAUGGCUGCCUUUGAUCUUCACCCCAGUGUGUGUCAUGUUGAAUUCUAACUUCCUCCUGUGGAUAACUGCACUGGCUAUAAGAUUUACUCUCAUCGAUGGCCAAGCACAAUACCCAGUUGUUACCACGAAUUAUGGCAAAAUACGUGGUUUAAGAACACCUUUGCCUAAUGAGAUCCUUGGUCCAGUGGAGCAGUACCUGGGUGUUCCUUAUGCCUCUCCUCCAACUGGAGAAAGGCGAUUUCAGCCCCCAGAACCACCAUCAUCUUGGACGGGUGUCCGCAAUGCUACACAGUUUGCUGCUGUCUGCCCGCAGUACCUGGAUGAGAGGUCAUUGCUUAACGACAUGCUGCCAGUCUGGUUUACAGCCAAUCUGGAUACUGUGGUGACAUAUGUUCAAGAUCAAAAUGAGGACUGUCUGUAUUUGAAUAUCUAUGUGCCCACAGAGGAUGGAGCCAACACAAAGAAAAGCGCAGAUGAUAUAACCAGUAAUGAUCGUGGUGAAGAUGAAGACAUUCAUGAUCAGAACACCAAGAAACCUGUUAUGGUCUACAUCCAUGGUGGAUCUUACAUGGAGGGUACUGGCAAUAUGAUUGAUGGCAGCAUUCUAGCAAGUUAUGGAAAUGUCAUUGUUGUUACUCUCAACUACAGGCUGGGGGUUUUAGGUUUUUUAAGUACUGGAGACCAAGCUGCAAAAGGCAAUUAUGGAUUGCUUGACCAAAUCCAAGCUUUACGUUGGAUUGAAGAAAACAUUGGAUCGUUUGGAGGGGACCCAAAAAGAGUUACUAUUUUUGGAUCUGGGGCAGGAGCUUCCUGUGUCAGUCUCCUGACACUCUCUCACUAUUCAGAAGGUUUGUUCCAAAAGGCAAUCAUACAGAGUGGAACAGCCCUGUCCAGCUGGGCGGUGAACUAUCAGCCUGCCAAGUACACUCGGAUACUGGCAGAUAAAGUGGGCUGCGACAUGCUGGAUACCACUGAUUUGGUUGAAUGUCUUCGUAAUAAGAACUACAAAGAACUCAUUCAACAGACCAUCACUCCAGCCACCUACCACAUUGCCUUUGGGCCUGUGAUAGAUGGAGAUGUUAUUCCAGAUGACCCACAGAUUCUCAUGGAGCAAGGGGAAUUCCUUAACUAUGAUAUAAUGCUGGGUGUGAAUCAAGGGGAAGGUUUAAAAUUUGUGGAUGGCAUUGUGGACAAUGAAGAUGGUGUUUCCCCCAAUGACUUUGACUUUUCCGUCUCGAAUUUUGUGGACAAUCUAUACGGUUAUCCAGAAGGGAAAGAUACACUGCGAGAGACCAUUAAAUUCAUGUACACUGAUUGGGCAGACAAAGAAAACCCUGAAACGAGACGGAAGACCCUCGUUGCUCUUUUUACAGACCACCAGUGGGUUGCACCAGCUGUUGCUACUGCUGACCUGCAUGCCCAGUAUGGAUCUCCGACAUAUUUCUAUGCAUUUUACCACCAUUGCCAAAGUGAAAUGAAACCCAGCUGGGCUGAUUCAGCUCAUGGUGACGAAGUCCCUUAUGUGUUUGGGAUUCCUAUGAUUGGCCCCACAGAACUGUUUAACUGCAACUUCUCCAAGAAUGAUGUCAUGCUCAGUGCAGUAGUUAUGACAUAUUGGACUAACUUUGCCAAAACCGGAGAUCCAAAUCAGCCUGUCCCACAGGACACAAAGUUCAUCCACACGAAACCCAACCGCUUUGAAGAAGUGGCCUGGUCCAAAUACAAUCCCAAAGACCAGCUAUAUCUGCAUAUUGGCCUAAAACCUCGAGUUCGUGAUCACUACCGAGCAACAAAAGUUGCUUUCUGGUUGGAGCUUGUACCACAUCUGCACAAUCUGAAUGAAAUAUUUCAGUAUGUUUCCACAACAACUAAAGUCCCCCCUCCUGACAUGACCUCAUUUCCUUAUGUGACACGACGUUCUCCUGGUAAAUUGUGGCCAGCAACCAAACGCCCAGCAAUGACACCUGCCAACAAUCCCAAGCAUUCAAAAGACACCCAUAAAACAGCUCCAGAGGAUACAACAGUUCUGAUAGAAAACAAGAGAGAUUACUCCACAGAGUUGAGCGUCACCAUUGCUGUGGGGGCAUCCUUGCUGUUCCUUAAUAUUUUAGCAUUUGCUGCAUUAUAUUACAAGAAGGACAAACGGCGUCACGAGACUCACAGGCGCCCUAGCCCCCAGAGGAACACAACCAAUGAUAUUGCACACAUACAAAAUGAAGAGAUUAUGUCCUUGCAGAUGAAACAGCUAGAACAUGACCAUGAGUGUGAAUCACUGCAGGCCCAUGACACACUGAGACUCACCUGUCCACCUGACUACACACUUACUUUGAGAAGGUCCCCAGAUGACAUCCCACUAAUGACACCCAACACCAUAACAAUGAUUCCAAAUACAUUAACAGGAAUGCAGCCUUUGCAUACUUUCAACACCUUCAGUGGAGGCCAAAACAGUACAAAUUUGCCCCAUGGACAUUCAACCACUAGGGUAUAG